UGAGUGAGGUAUGGGCCGGCUGUGGAUACUAACAGGAUUGUGGAUGAUGAUUGCUUUGAUUAUUGAUCGGCGCCUCUUCCAUGAUUAUACCUGUGCAUGUGCUGCUGUAGGUGCGUGACCUGAGUUCGUACUCUGCAGAUGUAUCAGCGCUGCGAAAUCUACCUAAAAGAGAGUUGUACCUUACUAUUCGCAUAGUUUAUGUAUGACAGGCACUUGAAAGAACUCAGCAAAUUAUCUUUAAUCCGUCAACAACAUUAAAAUUUGUGUAUAUGGAUAUUUGUGUAUAUCAGUAUAUGUACCAUAUUUGAUUUUUAACGGGAAGUCGAGAUAAGCCUACCCAUGGAAAGUAUUACUGCGAACAUUUAGUUGAUGCAACGGAUCGUUUAAUACUGCGGGAAGUUGGGAAACUGUAAAUACCAAAUGGUCGUCUCCGCAGCUCUGGAAUGUCUAUCAUAAUAUCUUUAAUUGGGACUGAAAGAUGUACUACGUUCUGUUUUCUGACUGCUGAGGAUCGCAUGUGAUCCAGUAACCACAACGCAGCUUAUAUAUGGCGGAACUCCACGUUAUCGGUCAGAUUGUGGGAGCCAGCGGUUUUGCUGCCAAAAAAUUAUUUUGUGUUUGGGAAAUAUCUUCCGGUGGCGCUUGGACAGCAAUAUCCGGCGACAAAGAUGGACAAACGCAAGUGGACAGGCCCGAAAUAGAUGAUUUUGCUUUAUGGUCGCAUCCGCUAGAUGUUCAUUUUGCUACGAAAGGAAUUCAAGGUUGGCCAAAAAUAAGCUUUCAAGUAUGGUCGGUGGACAAUUACAACCGUUCCGAAAUGUGUGCGUACGGAUUCUGCAAUAUUCCUUCGACGCCUGGCGAACAUAAAGUGGAAUGCGAAACGUGGAGACCGGUUGGCGGUCUGCGGGAUCGUAUAAUUACUUUUUUUCUUGGUGGUGGACCGCAGCUGCGCGACCUUAAUGUGGUACAUAAUGGCUUGCAGCGACACAGGCUGUACACGAAAUCCAUGGGAAAGGUUUACUUGCAAAUAGGUGUCUUAAUGCGGGGGUUUGAAAAGUUUGGUGUUGAAUUUUCGUAGCUUUACACGCCGGUCUACCGAAUCCAGUGUGCCGUGGUAUACGGAAUUUUUAAAAAAAUGUCACUUAGUGC